CGGAACGCUCGGCCAGUCGCGUACGCUUCGUUUGACCGAAAGCGAACAUGUGGCCCACGUGCCCUCUCGUUCGACCGAAAGCUUCUUUCCUUUCUCUUUUCCCUUCCUUAUCUCUUCACCGCUCAUUCCUGGCCACACAACUCUGGUGUUCCCACGCUCUGUCCUCUCUCUUCCACCUCGCCGCAUAACUCGGUUCCAUGGCCUUCUCCUUUCAAGCUGCUGCACUGCUACUCCUUCCCGCAUCUGACGGUGCCGCGCUGAUGGGCAAGCUACAGCCAGCUGCUACCGGAGCUUCAACCACUGGUGGCGGAGCUGCAACUCGCGGGGCCCGUCGGUGCUGGAGCCAGAUGGUGGCGAGCUUGAACGGGCGCCCCGUUUUGCUGCAACCGGACAUCCUAGAGCUGGAACCGUUGCCCUCCGUUGCCUCAACCGGAGAAAGUCUUCACGUCGUGGAGACGGACGGGUGGGCUGUGAGAUUUUUGCUGGAACCACUACUAAGAUUUGCUGGAACCGCCAAAUCAUUUUGCUUCAACCAAGUACUCGAGGUUUUUGUGGUGGCAGUCAUGGCGAGCGCGGUGGCAUGUGUGGCCGGCGAUGACAGCGCUACCAUGGCUGCAACGGCGACGACGGAAAAGCUGCUACUGGCGACUUGUUUUUUGCUGCGAGUAGGAAAUCUCUACCAGCGGGGAUGGAGAGCUAAUGUGAACGGGACUGCCGGAGGGUUGCGACAGCGGAGAUGGUGGCCGGCGAUGGUGGAAGACGGAGACACUUGCAGCCGGCGUAAUAGUUGA